GGGAGAGAAGAGAGAGACUGCGAAUCGAUUGCAACUUCUGCAAAGUCUCGUAUAAUCCAAAGCACACACGGCAAAAGCAGAGAGAAUCUGAGAACCAGCCAGCCCGGGUUGGAUCGCUUUCAAAAGAGGAGAGAGAGACAGUGAGAGAGGCAGAGAGCGCACAUUGCAAUUGCGAACGCCUUCUGAUUUGGAGUAAAAAAAAAAAAAAGAAUCCAAGAAGCCUGCAAUUGGCCAACAGCUUUAAAAAAAAAACCUCUUCCGGGUUUUCAACGGUUCCAAGUUUAUUUAGAUUUUUUUUAAUGCAAAAAAAGGGGGACAACAAAUGAAGCAAUUCGUCUGAACAUUUUAAAGUUUCUCACGUACUCUUUUUACAUUGCAAUGGAUGAAUUCCAUCCUUUCAUCGAAGCCCUUCUGCCCCACGUCCGAGCCUUCGCCUACACAUGGUUCAACCUGCAGGCCCGAAAACGAAAAUACUUCAAAAAACAUGAAAAGCGUAUGUCAAAAGAAGAAGAGAGAGCCGUGAAGGACGAGUUGCUAAGUGAAAAACCAGAGGUCAAGCAGAAGUGGGCAUCUCGACUUCUGGCCAAGUUACGGAAAGAUAUCCGACCUGAGUACCGAGAGGAUUUUGUGCUUACAGUUACAGGGAAAAAGCCUCCAUGCUGUGUUCUUUCCAACCCAGACCAGAAAGGCAAGAUGCGAAGAAUUGACUGCCUCCGCCAGGCAGAUAAAGUCUGGAGGUUGGACCUGGUUAUGGUGAUUUUAUUUAAAGGUAUUCCGCUCGAAAGUACUGAUGGCGAGCGCCUUGUAAAGUCCCCGCAGUGCUCCAAUCCAGGGCUCUGUGUCCAGCCCCAUCACAUAGGGGUUUCUGUUAAGGAACUCGAUUUAUAUUUGGCAUACUUUGUGCAUGCAGCAGAGGAUUCAUUUCAUAGGGGUCUAUACAUCAGUCAAGAAAAUGACUUCAGAGGAAUUACCAACACUCGUAAGAAAGGCUCCGUCUGCGUCUGUGAGCUGGGUGCUGGGCUGCUUAAUGUUGACACGAGAAUUAACGUGAGAUUCAAAUACUUCAAGGAGGCUUUUAUUUACAAUUCAGAAUUCUGGCAGCUUAUGAGGAACAGGAAAGUGUGCGUGCUUUAGUUUGCCUUUGCCCCUGACAGCUGACUUUGGAGUCUGCUCUAAGUUACUUGUGUGACAUUAGCAAGUCAGAUAGGCUCUCUGUGCCUCAGUUUCCACAUAUGUGCAGUGGAGCAUUAAAGAAGGUAAGUUCCCUUUGGGCUCUAAAGACACUCCAAGUUGAAUUUGAAUGAACAAAUAGAAUGAAUAUAGGACACAACUCCAGUGUUUGUGUGGAAAUUUGUCCAUCAAAAGGGAAAAAAGGUAAUAUCUCU